AAGGUGGAGGGUUAUGCACACAUAAAAGAAACUGAGUCAUUUGGGGGGAGUCUCUACUAUCAGGACCCUGAGCUAAAUUCUCAAAUGCAAUCUUCCUGCCAUUUCAGUUUUAUGGACAGACACUGCAAAUGGGGCACCUGUGCUAUGGAUACUCCCACCAGUGUUACCAACAGUUCCAGCCUCCAGAUUUCCCACUUCAUCUUGAUGGGGCUCCCAGGCAUUCAUGGGUGGCAGCACUGGCUCUCCCUGCCCCUGGCUCUGCUCUACUUCUUAGCUCUUGGUGCUAAUCUCCUCAUCAUGAUCACCAUCCACCAUGAGGCCACACUGCAUGUGCCUAUGUACCAUUUUCUGGGCAUACUGGCUGUUGUGGACAUGGGCCUGGCCACCACCAUCAUGCCCAAGAUCCUGGCUACCUUCUGGUUUGAUGCCAAGGCCAUCAGCCUCCCUGAGUGUUUUGCUCAGAUCUAUGCCAUCCACUGUUUCUUCUUCAUGGAAUCUGGUAUCUUCCUCUGCAUGGCAUUGGACAGAUAUAUAGCCAUCUGUCACCCCCUUCGAUACCUGUCUAUAAUCACUGACACUUUUGCGGUCAAAGCCACAGGAUUCAUGGUGCUCAGGAAUGGACUGUUUACUAUCCCAGUUCCAAUACUGUCUGCCCAGAGACACUAUUGCUCCAAGAAUGAAAUUGACCACUGCCUGUGCUCUAAUUUGGGGGUCACCAGUCUAGCCUGUAAUGACAUCACUGUGAACAAAUUUUACCAACUGAUCUUAGCAUGGAUCCUGAUUGGGAGUGAUAUGGCUCUGGUUUUUUCUUCCUAUGUGUUAAUCCUUCACUCUGUGCUGAGGAUGAACUCACCAGAAGCAAUCAAAGCUCUGGGGACCUGUAGCUCCCACCUCAUUCUCAUCCUCUUCUUCUAUACAGGUAUCACUGUGCUGUCUGUCACAUACCCUGCAGAGAAAAAUACGCCCCUAAUCCCUGUGCUCCUUAAUGUACUGCACAAUGUCAUCCCCCCUGCACUCAAUCCCAUGGUCUAUGCACUCAGGAUGCAAGAGCUCAGACUGGGCUUCCAGAGACUGCUUGGACUGAGUGAAGAUAUGUCCACUAAGUAA